AUGACUCCAAUUCAACGACAGCUUGUUGCCAUCGAUGAAGGCUUCUCAUCUGGUGGAGUUGGAUCCUCUGAAACACCCGAUUCCUGCAUCGGUCCACCGACUCCUUCCUUUGACAGUACAACUCUAUCCAACAAUGGGGAUCCUCCUAGCCAUGUCUCUUUUUCAGACUACCAACCCCACUUCCAUUCCAAAAUGACGAGAACCGAAUGGCUCACACCCGAGAAUAAGAGCAAGGCACCAUCGUCCAUUUCAUCACGCUCAUCUGACAAGCAGCCAUUUGUCCAAUCAAUCAGUCAUUAUGCAUCAUCGAUUUCAUCAGCCAUUCGACGCGUACAUCCCCUUGAUGAUAUUCGACAAGAGCAAUCAUCCGACGAAGAUGAUGAUGACGAUCCAGUAACAUCAUCAUCAACAACAACAAGACAACCACCACCACCACAAUCAAGUAUUCCCAUCAUUCGAAGAGAACCACCCACCAAUACCAAUACACCAGCAUCAUCAUUUCUUCAAGUACCCAAACCAGCAUCAUCAAUGCAACAAAGUGUGACAUCACUUGCAUCCGCAACCUCACGUUCAACAGUACCCCUGACAGCUGUGGAUGAAAUGUCGACUACAGGAGAUGGCAUCUUGAUGAGAGGAAAGCUCCUGUGUGCCAUUUACAUGAAAUGGUUCAGUCGGCGUGUCUCUAUGAGUGAAGCAACCCAAGAGCAUUUGCGAUUGCGUCAAACACGACUUAGUUGGCGGCAAUUUGAAGCAGUUCUCAGGCACGAUCGACUCCAAUUGUACCUGGUUACGAAUCUUGUCAUCAAAACACGACGACUUGCCCAUACGAUUUAUCUUCGACCCCAAAGAUCCAAGAACAUUCACAAUGUCCGUUUGAGCCUUGUAUCACCUUUGGAUUUCACUUGGCGACUUGAAUUUGAAUCAUGCCAAGGGCGCACGGUCCAGUUUUACUUUUGCUCACGUACCGUUCCACAAUCACAAGCUUGGUAUAUGGCUCUUUACCGACACUCCACCAUCAUCACUACACCACUACCAUCGUUGAUCGAUUUGUAUAUACCCUCUUACAACAACUUACUGAUACGCCUACCACUCGCCCAAUGUGACCUCAAGAUCAAUAAUCAUAAUAUCCGUGCACAUGACAUCAAACGUGCUGUUCUUUCCUUGAUGGAGCGACAAGAUAUCAAGCCUGAUCACUGGACAAUGAAAAAUGUGCAAUUGUGCUGGCAUCGAGAAGGACAACAAUACCAAUGGAUUCCAGAUACCAAUUUCAUUGUGGAUCCUCAACUCAUUGAAAAGACCCAUACAUUGCAAUUAAGAUAUCGACCACAACGACUGCGCCCUGAAGAAAAUACGCCGAGACCUGUGAUGGAAGGAGAUCUUGUUUUACAAACCGAUUUGCAAGGGAAUGAGCUCAAGAAUGCAAGAUCAGUGUACGCCAUGAUUGAAGGGAAUUUGAUGUUUUUGCUGGAUCCGAUCAAGGCAUCACGACCCCCUGGUGCUGAAGAACCCAAUGAUUCACCUCGAUGGUCGUUUGCUCGUAUAUCAGGGGCAACUCUUAUCUCAGCACGGGCCAAGCGGGGUUUUCGAUCCGUUACCCGCUUUUUCCAUCACAACAAUAAUGAGCAGAUAUCAGUGCAUGGUGCCGAGAAAGAAUGUCGACGACGUGCCAAGAAUAUCACCCAUGCUUUUGCUGUAUUGGAUCUUACACGAGGAACACGCGUACGUCGACGACAACAAACAAACGUUGAACAAGUCAUACAACAACGAGCGUUUGAGAUCCAUAUCGACAAUGUUGUUUUGCAAAUGGAAGCACCCACCAUGCACACCAUGUUUGAAUGGAUACAAUGGAUACACAAACUAUUACAAACACUUGGACGGCAGCUUAGUCGAGACGUGGUUCCAUUGAUUGGCCAGGCACGAUUAGGUUUCAGGAUUGAGCGACGUUGGAAAGGAGUCCUGCACGCUGGCAUGUUGUAUGUUCGUCAGGACUACUUGGACACCUUCAAGCAACGCUAUUGUGUAUUGAUACCUGGCAAAAAAUUGGUUUUAUUUCGUACCUGUCGACGUAAACGAUGCUCUGGCGCAGCACAACAGCAUUGGACAUCUUAUGAGCAUUUCGCUACGCUCAAAUUGGAUCGUGUCUAUAUCCAUGGAGACGAUGCUCAGCAACAUGAAAGCAAGGCCACACGACAACCACCAAGGAUCUAUUCAGAUGGCACCGUUGUAUCCAGCCAAGAUAGUAGCAGUAAUGCUGAGUGUUCCUUUGUGAUUUGGCAAACCGCUCAAAGGCACAUCUUGGUCACGUUACGCGAACGACUUUCGACAUUCAAAUUUGGGCAUCGACUUGGACGUAAAGGAACCGUAUGGGUUUUCCUUGCUCGUAGCGAAGAGGAAAAGUCUGCAUGGAUGUGGGCCUUACAUCAAGCCAUUGAAUAG